GCAUGUGAAUUUCCAUGGCAAGAAAAAUCAAAGCCUUAUUAGCUAUAUAUAUGUACAACCUGGGACGUAACUCAGCCUACAACAAAAUAUCAGUGCAAAAAUAAUAAAAUAUGAGCACCAUAAUGAAGAAGUUUCGCAAGCUCAGCAACAUGUUGCUGUUGGCAACAGUGAUUCUCUUGGCAAGCUUUUCAUCUCAAGCUUCAAGCUUGUCUUUCGAUUACCCAAAGUUCACAGAAGAUCUUUAUAAUCAAUUCAAACACGACGGACCCAACGGUUCGGUUUUUUAUCAAGACGCCAUUCAGGUUACACCAGAUACUAAUGGAGGUGAAAUGAGAAACAAGUCUGGGAGAAUAUGGUACGGCAAGCCGUUGAAGCUCUGGAGCCAGAAGAAAAAUGUUACGGCGUCGUUUAAUACUAGUUUUGUACUUAAUAUAACUCCUCAGCCUCCUAAAUCUGGCAAUCCAAUCCCGAAUAAUUUAACAUGGGGGCAUGGAAUCGCCUUUGUUUUAUCCGGGCAAGCGGAUCCCAUCCCAGAGAAUAGUUAUGGAAGUUGGCUUGGAAUUGUUAAUGAAACGACAACUGGGAAGACGAGAAUAGUUGCGGUUGAGUUUGACACCAAUGGGAACUACUCCGAGGAUGGGGAUAGAAAUCAUGUAGGUGUUGAUGUGUACUCUAGUCGUUCCAUUGUACAAGAACCAUUGGCCCCCAAUGGUGUUAACCUUUCGAGUGGGAAGGACGUUGCGGUUAAUCUUCGGUAUGAUGGGAUAGCGAAGAAAUUGGAUGUGUAUGUAUUCAUGAGUAGUGAUGCAGGUGGAAAUCAGAGCAAAAAGCCGAUAAUUUCGAUGAAUAUUAGCCUCUCUGAUCUUCUUCCUAGACGAGUUUUCGUGGGGUUUUCAGCAUCCACGGGUGAAUAUGCAGAGCUUAACUGCGUAAGAUCGUGGAGUUUUAGUAGCACGAAGAUAGAUGAUGAUGGUAAUUUAUUAUGGUUGCUAGGGAUAGUAAUUCCUUUAGUACUGCUGGUGGUUGUGGUUGUGAGCGUUGUGUGGUACAAGUGGAGGAAAAGGAGAAGAGCGAAUGAUGUUGAGAAUUCUAUGGUGGAGCAGCAGAUUCAGAGUUCAGCAAGUGCGCCGCAGAAGUUCCAGCUUAAGGAUCUGAAACGUGCUACUGGAAACUUUGAUUCCAAGAAUGAGCUCGGAAGGGGGGCCUUUGGAAUAGUCUACAGAGGAGUGGUAAUGAAUAAAGAGGUGGCUGUGAAGAGAUUGAAAAACUCUGGCAAUGGGAAGCAAGAAUUUAUAGCUGAGGUCAAAAGUAUUGGCAAUCUCCAUCACAAGAAUCUGGUGAAGUUAGUCGGAUGGUGUCACGAAGGCAAUGAGCUUGUUGUGGUGUAUGAAUAUAUGCCUAAUGGAAGCUUGGAUAAGAUGAUCUUCCGUGAAGCGGAUACUAGAGUCCCGAGGCUCACUUGGGAAAGAAGGCAUGCGAUCAUUUCUGGGGUGGCUCAGGCUUUGGAUUACCUUCACAAUGGGUGUGCAAAUCGGGUGCUUCACAGGGACAUUAAGGCCAGCAAUAUAAUGUUGGACUCUGAAUUCAAUCCCCGGGUAGGAGACUUUGGGCUAGCUCGAAUUGUAAUGAGUGAUGGAAAAACUCACCACUCGACAGAGAUUGCUGGGACGCCUGGUUAUAUGGCUCCGGAGAGUUUCCUGAUAGGCAAGGCAACUGUUGAAAUGGAUGUAUAUGCUUUCGGCGUUCUAACACUGGAGAUUGCAUGCGAAAGGAAGCCGGGAGUCCAGAUAGAAGAAAACAAUUACGGCAACAGGAUUGUGGAGUCAGUAUGGUUACUUCACACGAGGGAUCGUCUAAUAGAUGCUAUUGAUGCUGAAGCAAAUUUAUCAUAUGACCAAGAGCUGCAGGUCGAGUGCGUGCUCAAACUGGGACUGGCAUGUUGUCAUCCGAAUCCACACGAAAGACCCUCCAUGAGAACUGUUUUGCAGGUUCUUAAAGGCGAGGCAGAUCCUCCACCUAUCCCCAAAGAAAGGCCAUUCUUCAUUUGGCCAGCAAUGCCUCCCGUCGGUGUAAAUGAAAUCAUGGAGGAGUCUCUAGCAACUGGCCAACUCUCUCCCAUAUCAUUCCUCACCAGUGGAAGAUGAUCAAAUUAUUACUUCAUUUGUUUAUAGCUUCUAUUGCCAAUUCAGUUUGUUUAUUUAUUUAUCAGUACAUAUAGCUCUAGUAAGUGUAAUGAAUCUAGUGAUCACCCAAUGUAACUGUUCUCGGCCUGUGAGUGCCUGUGUUUGUCUCUCGUAUCUUAUUUAAAUUAACUGUAUAAAAUGUCCUAGUUUCAUCUA